GAUCUGUGGUAAUCAUUACUUUUUAGCGGUCGCCAGUCGCUGCUCGUCACCUUUUGUCGGGGCGGGUCGUCUCUGCAGUUUACUUUUAAUCGUUAGUUCGUGUAUUUUACUUUUAAAGUGUAGGACGACCCGAUACCUCACCCGAAUUGUACUUAAAUAAAUCAGUCACAAUGUUACACCUAAAGAAUAUCGCCAAAACUGUUGUGCCGCCCCUCAAAAACAGCAUCCAAAAUGAAGGAGUGAAUAAUAUGUUAAGAGCUAUCCCUGCUGCAGUAAAUGUAUGUUGCCGUACAUAUGCAAGCCAUGAAAUUCCAGACAGGCUUAAAGAUAUACCCACAAGUGCAAAUCCAAGAUUCUUUGAUAUGGUGGAAUACUUUUUCCACCGCGCGUGUCAAGUGAUUGAAGACAAAUUAGUCGAGGAUAUGAAAUCUAGAGUUUCUAUUGAAGAGAGGAAGAAAAGGGUCGCCGGCAUCCUCAAACUAAUGCAGCCAUGUGAUCACAUCAUUGAAAUACAAUUUCCUCUGCGACGCGAUUCUGGUGAUUAUGAAAUGAUUCUUGGGUAUCGAGCUCAGCAUUCUUCACACAGAACCCCAACCAAAGGAGGUAUACGAUUCUCAUCUGACGUGACAAGAGAUGAAGUUAAGGCUCUGUCUGCGCUGAUGACCUUUAAGUGUGCGUGCGUUGACGUACCCUUCGGCGGCGCCAAGGCCGGUAUCAAGAUCAACCCCAAGGAGUACUCCGAGCAUGAAUUGGAGAAGAUCACUCGGCGAUUCACGCUUGAGCUCGCCAAGAAAGGCUUUAUCGGGCCCGGAGUGGACGUGCCCGCCCCUGACAUGGGCACGGGCGAGCGCGAGAUGUCGUGGAUCGCAGAUACCUACGCCAAGACCAUCGGUUUCCAGGACAUCAACGCCCACGCUUGCGUUACGGGCAAACCCAUCAACCAGGGCGGUAUCCACGGCAGAGUGUCGGCCACUGGCAGAGGUGUAUUCCACGGUCUCGAGAACUUUAUCAAUGAAGCGAACUACAUGAGCAUGAUUGGCACAACUCCCGGCUGGGGCGGCAAGACGUUCAUCGUGCAGGGCUUCGGCAACGUGGGGCUGCACACGUGCCGCUACCUGGUGCGCGCCGGCGCCACGUGCAUCGGCGUCAUCGAGCACGACGGCUCCAUCCAGAACCCCGACGGCAUCGACCCUAAGGCUCUGGAGGACUACAGAAUCGAGAACGGCACGAUCGUGGGCUUCCCCGGCGCCAAGGCGUACGAGGGCGAGGGCAUGCUGUACGAGAAGUGUGACAUCCUCGUGCCCGCCGCCAUCGAGCAGGUCAUCCACAAGGAGAACGCGCACAAGAUACAGGCUAAGAUAAUCGCAGAGGCGGCCAACGGGCCCACGACGCCGGCGGCUGACAAGAUCCUCAUCGACCGCAACAUCCUCGUGAUCCCUGACCUGUACAUCAACGCGGGCGGUGUCACCGUCUCCUUCUUCGAGUGGCUCAAGAACCUCAACCAUGUGUCGUACGGCCGGCUCACGUUCAAAUACGAACGGGAAUCCAACUACCACUUAUUGGAAUCUGUACAAGAGUCCCUUGAGAGACGGUUCGGGCGCGUCGGCGGUCGUAUCCCCGUCACUCCGUCAGAAUCCUUCCAGAAGCGCAUCUCCGGUGCCUCCGAGAAAGACAUCGUGCACUCCGGCCUCGACUACACCAUGGAGCGCUCGGCAAGGGCCAUCAUGAAGACUGCCAUGAAGUUCGAUUUGGGUCUUGACUUGCGAACAGCCGCGUACGCCAACUCCAUAGAAAAGAUCGUCACGACGUACGCAGACGCUGGCCUCGCCUUCUAAAUUAGUCACUUUACGAAUUUAAGUAUUGUCUGCAUUUUCAAGACUCCAUAUAGUCCCCUUGCACUUAAGUAUAACUUUUAAGAUAUAAUCACAGUAUUUUAAUUUCUUUGUUAAAAAAUCAUGGCUUUUUUACUUUUAAAGUUAAGCGAAAAUUGUUACAUCUAUUAAGUGGAUAUUUAAAUUUUCAAUUGUAUCAUCUUUAAUUUUCGAAAUAAAAUGUUUUACUGUUU